AUAAAUGUAUAAUUGUAGUAUAAAAGAAUAUCAAGUAACUCAAUAGACCAUGCUACAAACUAAUUCUAUAAUAAGACCUAAUACAACCAAUAGACCUUUCAAAUUCGAAUCGUUUUUGAGGAAAGAAUAUAAUUUUGGCUUAAAUCCAGAAAGACCAGUAUGCCCGCUUUAUUCACCUCAAAAUCCAAAUUCAUGUCCAAAUGGUGUCAAUUGUCCCAAUAAACAUGUCUCAUCCAUGUAUUCUAAUAAGAUCGUGUGUAAACAUUGGUUGAGAGGAUUAUGUAAAAAGAAUGAUCAUUGUGAAUUCUUGCACGAAUAUAAUCUUAGAAAGAUGCCUGAAUGUCUUUUCUAUUCUAAAAAUGGUUUUUGUACUCAAACUCCUGAAUGUUUAUAUUUACACGUAGACCCACAACUGAAGAUCCCUGAAUGUAUUGAUUAUGAAAGAGGUUUCUGUCCCGAUGGUCCUAAAUGUGUCAAACGUCAUAUACGAAAGAUAAUGUGUCCCUUAUGGCUUACUGGAUUUUGUCCAAAGGGAUAUGAAUGUGAUUAUAGUCAUCCAAGAUUCGAACAUAUGAUAGAUAGAUUAAGAAUACAACCAGAUGUGAAAAAGGAGCCUGAGAGUAAGUCAGAGACCCCAGAAGAGAAUGAAUCAUCUGAACAGAACAAGAAAAGAAAGUUACACUCCACAUAAACCAUCAUAGCAUUAAGAAAGAAAUAUAAACAUCUUUCUUCCCAAACCCCCAUUUUACUUACAUACAAUGUAC